AUGCGAGAUCCACUCUCGUCCCUGCAAAGUAGAGAGACAGCUGGGCAGCGUCUGUACCGCUUCGUGGUCGGAUCAACGCAAGUCACCACUUUUCGACUGCUCUGGCUCGCGGUCCUCUUCUACGGUGAGAGAGCCGUCUUUCACGAUGCAGCCAACAGCUGCCCAUGGCCCGAUCCACCAGUUUCGUCAUCGUGGCCACCACCACCAGCCGUCCACGUCUUGCUCGUGACAGACCCGCAGAUCAUCGACCGCCAUACCUACCCGGAUCUGCCUUUGCCCGCGUUGCUGUACCCAAUCGUACGCCACUUCUCGGACAACUACCUGAAGAACGUCUGGACGAGUCUAGCAGUCAAUCCGAACAAGUGGUUCCAUCGAGGUCAUAUUCUGUCACCGGGUCAAGAAGCGAUCCGUCGAUCGUCUUCGCACGCUGGGCUGGUGCAGCCACCAGAUGGCGUGGUAUGGAUGGGCGACCUCACUGAUGGUGGUAGACGGUCGCAUACUGACACCGAGUGGGCAGCGUUGGUGCAGCGAUUCCACAGCAUCUUUUGGAGGCCGAGGGAUGCCGAUUGGGAGGCGUCUAAAUCCACGAUUAGCAGCACCAAGCAGCUCAUUGUACCGCGAACUUCAGCAACCGACUUCAUCCCCACAUUUCAUCUCUCCGGCAACCACGAUAUCGGUCUACCCGGCAGGAACGCGGGGCAUCGAAUGGAUGCCAUUGCAAGCGACGAUGCCACCGAGAGAUUCAUCCGGGAUUUCGGCCUGAAGAUCGACGGAGGAGGCUUCGUCGUCAAGGAUCGAAACCCGUUUUUGCACUCCGGCCUCAAUGGUCGGAUCGCCGUCUCUACAGACACGACGCUGGGUGCGACGCACGAGCUGGUCCUCGUCAACGCACAGGAUCUGGUGGGCAUGGAGCGGCAAGGCGGAGGUCCAUUCGACACGUACCUCAGCUCCGAGCACGCGGGCAAACUCGACGGACAGCUCGGCGAUAAUGCACACCGCACCUACAAGGACACGUACGACUUUGUCGAGUCGGUCAAGCUUGGUGGGAUCAGGGUACCUCGGGUGCUGCUCACCCAUGUGCCGCUGUACAGGCCCGCGGAGACGACGUGCGACGAUGCCUCGAGGUCUGCGCGGCAUCGAGUGUAUCGCGAGUCGAAACGACCUUUGCAUCAAGGAACGGAUCGGGGAUCGACGUACCAGAACAUGGUGUCGGUGUCUGUGUCAGAUUGGGUGCUGAGGUCGAUCGACCCGCUGGCGGUGUUCAGUGGGGAUGACCACGAUCAUUGCGAGUAUCGGCAUGCUAGGGUCGGCGGCAGUGCAUCGGCUAACAAUGUUGUUGACGGCUUUGGGGAUCAAGAGGUUCCUGAACUGACGGUCAAGUCGAUUUCGAUGACUGAAGGCGUGCGCAAGCCGGGCUUUGCUCGCUUGAGCCUCUUUUCGCCGCCUACCGAUGCUACGGUGCAAUCUGGUUCGACACCGCACGUCGCCAUGGCGUAUACGCCCUGUUUGCUGCCGGACCAGAUCGGCAUUUGGACCCAGCUCUAUCUUCCUUUCUUCCUGGUGACUCUGGUGGGGUUGAAGCUGUGGCCACGCUUCUUCAAGGCGCGGUCAGAGGCAGCAGGAUAUCUCCCGCUCAAUCAUCAACGUAAGAGGGACGACGACGACCCGCCACUGACCAGCGAGCGUCCUCUGUCGAGUGGGCAGAGAACUGGUGGAUGGAGGCGGGAUGUUUUGGCGGUGGCGGUGGUUGCGCUGCCUUUUUGGGGAUUCUGCCAGACGCACUUUGUUUUCUAA